GACCAGAGACGUUUGUCCACAUCUCGGCGGUGCAGUACGCAAAGUGACCUCGGUAACUCAACUGCACACAUAAGGUUUGGACAACUUGAUCCUUAUUCAGAAAUGAAGAUAUUAGAAAUUUGCAGGUAGACCGUAAGAAUUAUUUGCUGCUCCUCUGCGGCAGUCAAGAUCAUCAAGAAGCACCAACAGUCGUUGUUCUUCACGCCUUUCAACAAGUAUUUCAGUAUGUAUCGGAUUGUCCCAGGAGAUCCUGGAGAGCAGAUGGUGACUGAUGGAACACGCGGUUCCCCACACAAAAAGAAACUUGGACCUGAGGGACGGCGGAUGGUGAUGGCCGGUUUGCUAGGCUGUGUGUUGGUUCUGGCUGCUGUGAUCGCUUGGUGCCACUAUUCGGUGUCUGUUCUUAAAGCCCAGUUACUGAAGACUGAGUCGCUGGACCUGAAAAAAGAUGGCUACAUCAUACGGAACCAUAUUGGGGCUGUCAUCUUCACCAUGACUUUCAGGUCUGGCACUCUGGAUCUGGACUCCUGCACAAAGGAGGGGAAUAUUCUGAGCUGUACUCGGUCAAACUCCGGCAAGCUGAACUUUUUCAUCGAGACAGUCCGAGACAAGGACACAGUGAUGUGUUAUCGCAUUCGCUGGGAGGAGCUACAGAGUCUGCACUCAGUGGAACAUGCCAUGGCCUACAACGACUCUCACUGGUACGGAGGAGCAGAGACAGCAGAACAGUACUGGCCUUUGAGAAUCAUAGGGGAAGAGGAACCACGGCCUUUCAUCACCAGUGACGUUUACUCCAAUCGAAAUGCGUUUGGGGGAAUCCUUGAACGUUACUGGCUGUCUUCCAAUGCAACUGCAAUAAAGAUUAAUGACUCAGUCCCGUUUCAUUUGGGCUGGUCGCAGAAGAACAGGACUCUAAGAUUUGAGGCCCGAUAUCAUGGUUCCCCAUUUAAACCCCCGGCAGGACAGCAGGACUUCCCUGAGCUCAGCUACAGAGUCUGUGUGGGGCUGGAUGUUACCUCCAUUCACAAGUAUAUGGUGCGCCGAUACUUCCCAAAGCCUUUCAAAGUCCCGUCUUCUGAAGUGUUUGAAAAGCCGGUGUGGUCCACAUGGGCCCUCCAUAAGACAGCUAUAACUCAGGAGAAGUUUCUGAGCUACGCAUCAGAAAUCACCAAGCAUGGCUUUGCCUGCGCCCACCUGGAGCUGGAUGACCGCUACACCACUGACUAUGGAGAGUUUGACUUUGACCCCCAGAAGUUCCCCAAUGCUAGCGGUAUGUUUGAAAAACUCAGAAAGGACGGCUUUCAAGUCACGCUGUGGACACAUCCUUUUAUCAACUAUGACUCCAUUAACUUUGGAGUUGCUAUGGAGAAAGGCCUUUUUGUCCGAGAGCCAAGUGGAGAGCUACCUGCCCUCGUCCGCUGGUGGAAUGGUAUUGGUGGCAUCUUGGAUUUUACGAACCCAGAAGCCUGUGGGUGGUUCUUGUCACAACUGAAUAUGCUCAAAAGUCGUUAUAAUGUGACAUCGUUUAAGUUUGAUGCAGGAGAAACAAGCUACCUCCCUCGCCAGUUUAGCACGCUGGUUCCUCUGUCUGACCCCUCCACCUUCACCCGGCGCUACACGGAGAUGGUCAUACCUUUCAGCUCGCGUGCCGAGCUCCGUGUUGGCUACCAGAGUCAGAACAUCUCCUGUUUCUUUAGGAUCAUUGACAGGGAUUCAGUUUGGGGUUAUAACCUUGGUCUCAAGUCCAUCAUCCCAACUGUUCUGACUAUCAGUAUUCUGGGCUACCAGUUUGUCUUGCCAGAUAUGAUUGGAGGGAAUGCCUACCCCAACAGCACUGCAGGCAAGAUAAAUGAAACCAAUGAGCUGCCAGACAGAGAGCUGUACAUCAGAUGGUUGGAGCUGUCUGCUUUUAUGCCUGCCAUGCAGUUCUCUAUUCCACCAUGGGCUUAUGAUGACGAGGUGGUUCAGAUUGCCCGGAAGUUUUCAGAGAUCCAUGAAAGUGAGGUGGCUCCAAGGGUUCUUAAGCUGGCAGGGGAGGUUGUUAAUACUGGAGAUCCCAUCAUAAGGCCCCUGUGGUGGAUCGCCAAAGACGACGAGGCAGCCUUUAAGAUUGAUUCCCAGUUUCUGAUUGGGGAUGAUCUUUUGGUGGCUCCGGUAUUGGAGCCUGGAAAGCAAGAGAGGGACAUCUACCUGCCAGCAGGCCCUUGGAAAAGCAAAAGAGGGAAGUAUAAAGGUCCCACGUAUCUCACAGACUACCCUGUCGACCUGGAUGAGAUGGCUUACUUUUAUUGGGAUAAGACAUAAAUUAGAUUAAUUAAAAGCAAGUUGCACUGACAGACACACUGUAUGUAUGCUUAUCUUCAGCAAACAAGACAAGCUAAUGGUUGCUAUCUUAUGGAAAAAGUUGUGAUUUCGGUGAAUGUUGAGUCUGUGCCUCCUAUGACGUUAUUCAUCUAAAUUUGUACUUAAAUAAGUUCAUUUUUUGUAGAGAUGCACCAGUCAGGCUUUUAAUGAGUAAAAUAAGUAUCCGGAUUUCUUAAGGACAGAUUUGCUUAUUUUAAAAGGAAAUCCCCCCAAAACGGUGGUUUGAUUAACUAAGGUGUAGAACUCUUGGGCUUAAUCUUAGGUUAUUUCAUUCAGCAUUUAUCAAUAUAGUACUAUUGCGCACUGUAAAACUUGUAGGCAGGCGCAUAACGGAUAUCAUAUAAUGGAGUCCCCACAAGAAAACAGUUCUAUUGUGAAAUAUGAGUGCAAGUCUUUAAAAAGGGAACUUUUUUUGUAGAUAAUACUAUGAUUUAGUUUGGGCUGUAGACACAACUCAGCAUGAAGUAUGCUUGAAACUGAAAACAAUAGCCUGAACAUUUUUAUAGGUAAUCUGGCUACAGGAUUGUUUUCAGGCACUUGGUAAAUAGAUAAAAAUGACACGGUGACAUAGCAGCCUAAAGUGAUGAACAUUAUCAGGAGAACACACGCACACACAAUUCAAGUCUGGAUCUUAAGUUUUUAUGUAUUUUUUGAAUGCCAUAAUAUUUUGGAACCUGACCUCUGGAUCACCAAUCAGAGCUGAUUAAGCCUAUCAGAUGGCUGAUUCCUAUCUCUAGUGAAUGACUGGUGCAUCUCUGUGUUUUUAUAUUUUAUUUUCACUACCUUUUUAUUUUGUUCCUCAUCCUCACGUGCCUUCCACAGAUGUGUAGGGGAAGAAUCCUUGACUGUGCCACUAAUGCAGCCUUCCUUUUUAGUGCCAACAACUGAUCCUUAAUGCUUCAGGCCAUCUUUUUAUUUCACAACCGUGACCUGUUUAUUUAGGGUCAUGUUUGUGAUGAAGCGUUUUUUUUUUUUUUUUACUUUAAUUACACUGUUAAAUAAAAUACAGGGUAGCUUAGAUGACUUUGCCAUAAGAUAAAGGAAUGCACCUGCUGGGUGCUGUUCUAGCUACAGAAUAGACCCUGACUUUGGCAUUUGGACCACUGGUAAAAGUGGGAGUCUGAACUUUCAAAUGACCAAGCUGACACACAUUAACUUGCAUUUUAGUUUCUGCACUUUAUUGAAGCUUCACUUAAUAAGUGACUGAGGACAACUUCUGUGAUUCUAGGUACUUUUAUAAAAUGUUCAUUUUUUUAAAGGUUUCUAUUAUCAGUCCUGAUGUGCCAUUUUGCCAUUUCACUUUGCGAAACGUGAGAACUAAAAGUAUUGCUCAGGGUGGCAUUAAUGUUGGUGGAGGUGGUUUCUGUUGGAGAUUUCCUAUUUACAGCUGCAAUUGUUAACAAUUAUUCAGUAUGAUACAUUGGUCUUUUCUCCACCUUUGCCUUGUGACUCAUUUCGCCUUAUAUUAUCUGUGCUUCACAUAAAAGUAGCAAAGACUUGACACUAUUUUGCACACAAUGAAAUGCAAGAAGCCACUCGUUUGCAAGUGCUUGAACUUAUAUGCUAUAAAGAUCCCUCGCAUGAGACAAAAAGCACAAAGAUGGUUUAAUUACCUGGAUGAAGAGCUCUUUACUUAUACUGACUUGCCAUCAGGUUAGUUAGCUAGCUGACAGGAAGAGAAAAGGUUGUUCACUAAGACAGGAGAAUGUAGAAGUUUUACUUGCAGAUAUAUGCUUCACUUUAAGGCUCUUGCAAAGGGAACUUUGUCAAUAAAUUGAAUCAUACAUUGAGUUAUUUUGGAAACGCUUAUUAAAAUGAACCCAGGGAGGUCCAGUGUGUAAUUUGUUUUGGUUUUAAACUAUAAUGUAUUUUGACUGCUGCACACAAACACUUGCUUUUCAAAGGUCAAGUGCCAAAGAAUUUAAAAUGUGUGAAUUCUUAAUACAGUGCAUAUAUGUUAUUUAUUUUUUUAGUUUUUGCAGCACCAGUGACUUGUUUUUUGACAGUAGGCUGACAGGAAAUGGGGAAAGAGAGAAGGGGGGGGGGACAUGCAGGAAAGGACCACAGGUUGGACUUGAACCCGUGUCGGCCCAUCGAGGACUAAUGCCUCUGGUCAUGGAUUGUGCACGCCAACCACUGCGCAUCCAAAACACACUACAGUGCAUGUGUGUUUGUAGAAUAUCAGAGAAUUGUGCAUUCCUCACAGCAAUUCUGUAUGGUUUUAUUCUUAUUGAGAUGAAGGAACCUUAACAUUGUGCCAAAAUAUGAUUUUUGGAUUUUAAAAAUGUAAUGCGCAUGAGAAAACAAUUUAACCUUCUCAGACAUCUGAUAGUGUUUGGCUGAUAAAUCUAUGGCUGUGCUCUAUCCUCUUAUUCUUAACCUAAUUUUAACUUUUUGGUAUGUAAUGAACUUCAUUAUAUGCAAACUUUAUAUGACAAGUGAGCCCAGCACAACCUCAUAGAUAUGUUCAACUUCCACUAUUAGUAAUAUUUCAUUUUCUUCAGACUUAAACCCAAUUGUAAAUUGGGUUAAGGACAUUUAACAUAUUCAAUGCAUUCAGAAAGGUUUCCCACUCUUGUACUACUGCUUUGUUUAAAUAUUUGAACCAUAUUGUAAUAGUUUUGACCUGAUUUGUUUGACUAAUAAAUGCAAUAAAACAUA